AUGAAUCAGCUCUCUUUUCGCGUCCAUUCAUGUAAAAAAUUUCUUGUACAGGACGAUGAAGACGACGUAUUUUGCGACGAUUACGGAUACUUGGCUGAAGACGAUUUGGCGAGUGAACGAUUUGAACACACUCGUCAAGUCAAUGCUGAGAAAAUUGACAAUGAACCUUGCCGAUUAGAAGAUAUACUCAAUCGCCUAAGUGAAUCUCGUCAGGAAAUCGAAGACAAUGCUGGAAUCGCAUUCCAAGAGGGUGAUAUUGGUGCUGGCGAUCUGCAAACGCACUCCGAUGAAAGUGAUGAAAAGGAAGUUAUGGCGCAAAAUGAUAAACUGUUGUCCAGGAAGUGUGUGCUAGGAGAUUAUGGAUUAAAGCGAUAUUUUGAGACCGGUGAUAUCGUAGAAGGCUCUACCUAUCAUGUAGUAAGGGUACUUAUUGCUACUUGCGCAAACGAUAUAAUUGUUAACAUUUUACAGAGAGGCCCCAUUCUAGUCUCCACAAAUCGCGCUCCGUAUGCUUACAAAUUGGUAGGUCUCCUCUGA